AUGCCGCGGAAGACACCUGACAAUGUUGAUCAGCCGCGGUGGACAGCUCUUCAAUCGCUACAACGAUUGAGUCUUUCUCGUCACACUACCUUUCAAGUUAUGGAGAUUUGUCGACAUUUGAAGAGCCGCUCGAUUAUAUCCUCCCUCUAUCGCCCCCUUUUGCCAGCUAUAGCACCCCUAAGAACUAGGAUAUCCUUCACAGAAACAACGCGUUCUCUGGCUGGCCAAUCAAUCGAAGAACCUUCAGAAUUAUUCGAGUAUACGUCCGGGCGAUGGAUUUGUAAUGACGCCCUGAGACGGUCUGAAAGGAGACGCGUUUUCAACGUAUCCGAACUCAAGCGCCUUGCGGCUGCAUCUGUGAACCAGAACGCAGAAGAUGUCGUUCGUUUUGAAAAACUUGCUGAAGGGGGUUUCAAUCGAACCUUUCUGGUCACGAUGCGUGAUGGCUUUCACGAAGUUGCAACGAUGGAUUUUCUACGCUCGCAUGGUAUACCCGUCCCCAAGGUCUACGGUUACUCUGCCACAUCGGAAAACGCUGCGGGCACUGAAUACGUCUUUAUGGAGCUUGCCCGCGGAACCAACUUGGGCGACAUCUGGUUUGAUAUGUCCGAAAAAGGCCAGGAUCGCCGUCAUUACCAAACUCGUAGAGUUCGAGUCUCGACUAUUUGCUCUUCGAUUUCCGGCAAGUGGGAGUCUGUUGAUCGUGGACCAUACAGAGAUCCAGCAGCGGCUCUUACAGCCGGGGCGAAGAAGGAGAUUGCAUACUUAAAGAAAUUUGGACGACCACUUCACCCUUUUCAACGGCUACGCAGAGAGAUUUACAAUUAUCAAAAGCAAUCGCAUUUAGAGCAUCUGGACAAUCUGGAGAAAUACCUGCGAAUCGCUCCCCACCUCAUACCGAACGACAAUGACACUCUCGCACGUCCGACGAUAAGGCACCCUGACCUCCAACCCAAUAACGUCUUCCGGAACUACGGUGACAGCGUCUCAGAAUCGUUGCAAGCCCCUGAAUUACCGCACCAUUUCGACGAACUGAGUGAAAGAGAGCAAUUCGAGCAAGUCGAGCUCCUCCCCGAUCUGAUCCAGCUGGCCAAGAACUGGUCGAAGAUCACCCAUUCAAAAUCGAGCACAGGCGGCGAUGUGAGGCCUCCUUGCCCGAUCGCUUUCCCAGAAGACGAGGCGAGCGAGUGUUUGCGCAUAAAUGCUGCGCAAGUCGAAGCAGAUGAGCAAUUCGAGGCUUGCAGGGAUGUUAUUGGCGUCGGGCCCGAGGGGUGGGUGCCCUCGGAUCAGUACGAAGAGGCGAAGCGACGCGAAAGGAAGCUGAAAGCCGAUGCGCUCGAUGCAGCAGAGUCGGACGAGGAAAGAGCGAGGAUAUGCGAGCAUUGGAUUUUCGAUGACUUUGAUGAGGAGAAGUAUUUGUAG